AUGGAAAUCUCAAAUGAAGCGCAAAAAUGUAUCGGGGUGAUGCAGGCGGGAAAGGGAAGUAAUGCAGAGCAGGGCUGCAAAGAUUCAUCGUGUGGAAAAGGAAACAGUGACAGUAAUGAGGUCGGAAGCAAGUCGGGAGAGGGGGACGCAAAUAACGCCGGAAAUUGCAAUAACAGCGAAACACUUAAGACAAGCGAAGGGGCAGAAGGCCAAAAGGAAAGCAACAUGAACCCAAACGAAAACGAUAUGAACAAAACCGUUAAGGGGAAAAAAAGGAAAAAUUCGAAGAAAAAGUGUUAUAAUAAAAAUAAGAAAGAGACGGAUUUAUGCUCCUCAGAAAAAACGCCCAUCCAGGAGAACGGCUUGCCUAACAACAGCAGCAACCUUGGGGAGGAAAAAGCAAAAGGUGAGGAAGGUACAAAAAAGAGUGAAGUAAAUAAUGCCCCAAAUGUUGAAUCGGCUAAAAAGGGAGACGAAAAACAAAUGGGCAAUGGGAACAGCAUAAAGGGGUAUAAAAAUGGACAGGAAGCCGAAACGAGUAAUGUUAAGGCGGAUGAGGCGGGACCGGACAAAUCCCCAGACGGGGAAACAAAGACAAAGAAAAAAAGAAAAAAAGCCAAAAGGAAAAAGAAAAAGGGUAAAGUUGCGGGAGAAGAUAAAAGCGAUUUCAAAGGCGAUGACAAAGGCCAUGGCGAAGCAGGUGACGAAGAGAUUAGCGGCUUGACAAAAAUUAAAGACACGCUCACAAAUGAUCACAGCAAUGAAAAUGCCAGUACCACCACGGCAAUCAGCACCAACACGGAUUGCAACACAAGGAGGAAGAGCGUUGUCAAAAGCACCAUCGAUUCUGCCAACCUUUACAACAAUGACCUCACGACCGAUCCAGUGGAAAACCAGAAACAGAGCAAAAAGAAGAAGAAGAAAAAAAAAAAAUCAUCAAAAGGGAAUCAAACUGUGCAAAAUGGUAAGACACAAAAUGGGGAGGAAAAUCUCUCUAAAAAGACAAGCGGGAAUCAUCACGCCGUGUACAAAAUACCUAGCAAAAGUAUGACCAAAGAUCAACUUAACAAUCUGGCAAAUAUUAUUUAUAAAAAUAGCAUUGGUUAUGGUCUCCCCCAGAAGAGUGUAGCUAGUAACUUCAGUCCUAAUCCAUGUGAAGCUUCGUGUAGUAAUAAUCCCCUCAAUUUUAUGAACAUGCAGACUAAAAGGAACAUGCUGCAAUUGGCAAAAAACGCAAAUUGUAAAUAUGGCUUCAGUGUGGACAAUCAGGUAUACUCAAAUUGCAUGUACGGGCCGGUCCCCUUCCGCAACGCAAAUGAGUGCUACGAUUUUUCGUAUGAGGACGGGGUUCCCGGUGGCAUGGGGAAUUUUUUCUACGGAAGCAACAUGUCAGGGAAUGCCCUAAUGGAGAGGGCCCUCUCGUUGCAGGGCAUGUACAACGUGGGAAGUGCGAAUGCUUUGGGCGAUGUUGGCAAUGCUGGUGGCUUUGGCAGCUUCAGCGGAACCACCUUCCGAAGACAACGAAAACUUCCACCGCGCGGAAAUGACAGCUUCGCUCGAAGCGCGAAUUACGAAUUGGGCAAGAAGAAAGUGGAUCUGCAAAAUGGCCACACGAUGAGGUUCAAUUCGGCUGCCCCCAGUGCGAAAUAUUUGCACUUUGAACAGAAUCAAGAGGAUCUAACUUUCAGCAAACGAGAUAGUAACAAAAAGGGGUACUACCACAACGGGGGUAGAAGUAUGCCCAGGGGUGGACAGAUCCUCCAUGGAGGCGUCAGCAGCACGGUGACUGUAGCGAAAAUGGCCAACAUGGGCAGCGCAAUGAAGGAGGAAAACUUUUCCAGCGCGUCUAACUUUGCCUACUUUACCAAUGGGGCGAACCCAAACAUGAGAGGGAAGUACCCCCAACAAGGGAACAUCCAACUGGGCAAAAGCCCUGUGGUUCCAGGCAUGCGGAAUGAUGGUACCUACGCGCCUAUGCAAAGGGGGACGUGUGACGCAUAUUACCCCAACACAAAUGCUGAGAUGGUGCAGAGGAGGCAGUUCACUAAAGGGAUUAGUGCCCCAUUUCGGCCCUUUAAAAUGCAAAACAAUGUUGCUAACAGUGGGGGGUUCCCACCAAAUGCGGGAGAAAGGGAAAACUACAUCGGUGAGAAGAAUGCACAGGGAGGAAUAGCAGCUAAAGAGAGGGAGAAGACACCCAAACUAACUGACCCAACAACUUGCGAAAAAGGAAAAGCAGCCAACUUGGAAGUCAAUAAAGAGAUCCACAAAUUCAUAGACUAUUGUGUGAAAAAUUAUGGAGACAAAUACAUUGCAAAUGUUUUGCAUGAAUUUUCUCCAAACGGAAUUGGUGAGAAGUACGAUGAAUUGACGAACAUUUUUAAAAUAAAUAUAAGUGAGGAAAACUUGAACGCUUUGCAGAUGCUGGAGAGGGACGGGGGUGGUGAGUUGCCUGCGUUUUUGAAGGGCCACACGGAGGUGGGGGGGGAAGCAGAAGUGGACCCGCCUAAAGAGGAAUCGCUUAAAGGGGAGUUACCUAAAGAGGAAUCGCACAAAGAUGAACAGCUGAAAGAUGAACAGCUGAAAGAUGAACAGCUGAAAGAUGAACAGCUGAAAGAUGAACAGCUGAAAGAUGAACAGCUGAAAGAUGAACAGCUGAAAGAUGAACAGCUGAAAGAUGAACAGCUGAAAGAUGAACAGCUGAAAGAUGAACAGCUGAAAGAUGAACCGCUGAAAGAUGAACAGCUGAAAGAUGAACCUCUGAAAGAUGAACCGCUGAAAGAUGAACCGCUGAAAGAUGAACCUCUGAAAGAGGAGCCACCUAAGGAGGAACCGCUCAAGGAGGACGCCCCCCCAGGCGACGCGCCGGACGCAGGGAACGUGUUCCAGGGGGACCCAUCCCUGAACGUGACGAUCCCCCCGGGACUGAGCCUCCCAGACAUAAACCGAGCCCUGUUGCACGGCGCGUACUUAGACAACAUCUCAGUGGUGAAAAAGUGCCUCGAGAAAAACGCAGACAUAAACUACUUUGACAAAAUUGGAAGGAGAGCUUUACAUUAUGCAUGUGCAGGUGGAUACUACGAAAUAUGCAAGCUCCUGAUAGAGAGUGGAGCCAAAGUGAACGUGUCGGAUUACAAACACUGGACUCCCCUACACAUAGCCGUUACGAAGAUGCACAAAGAAAUAACAGAACUUCUACUGAAGAACGAUGCCAACAUACACGCGAUGUUACCCCAUUCCUUGUCACCAAACAGGGGAAAAACUACAGCCAGCAUGUGCAUUCAUUUUGCAGCCAUUAAAGGGAGCAAAGAAAUAACAAAGUUGUUGCUACAUUAUGGGGCCAAAAUUAAUGACACGGAUUUGUCCAAUAGGACAGCUCUACACUAUGCUGCCUAUCGAAAUAAUUCAGAUUAUUUGAAGUUUUUAAUUUAUGAGGAGAAGGCCAAGAUUAACAUCUUUGAUGUGCAUAAUAGGCUGCCUAUCCACUCGGCCUGCUUGGGCGGCGUCUUAAAGAACGUCCAGUUGUUGGCAGAGAAUAAAAGCUUCCUGCAGAAGAGGGACAUUUAUAAUAUGAGUCCAAUGGAUAUUGCCACUAUUAAGAAGUUUAAGAAUAUAAGGAAGUUUCUGGCCAAGUACAUUAAUGAGAAUUAUUCCCCGAGCGAUGCGGAGGGGGCAGAGCAGGAGAAGAAGAAUAUCACCCACGUGGAAACGAAGAACACCCACGUGGAAACGAAGAACGCCCACGUGGAAGCGAAGAAGGCCCACGUGGAAGUGAAGAACGAGGGGGAAAAUCCGAAAAAUACGGGCGACCUACCCCCGCCUGAAGACGAAGGCGACGAACAGAAAAUGGACCCCAAAGAAUUCUACAACGACAAUAAGAUGAUUAAAGACAUUUUAACGACAACCAUCAGUACCAUCCUGAAGGAAAGAAAUCGAGACCAAAUCAAAAGAGUAGUGGACUCCUUAGGCGUUUAUAUAUCCUUGAGCCUUCUAGAGAAAACCAUUUUGAUACAGAACUAUGGUGGCAUAGACAUGGUUAGUAAAGAGGGUAAGAGAACCAACGGGGGGGUCUUUUUUUACCUCAUAAAGUACAUGUACAAAAAUGAUAUCAUUUCAAAGUUUAAGUAUGACUACAUUGUGGAGGAGGAGAAGGAGAAGAAAAAGACCUACAGGAAGUUAAAAAAAAAGCUGCUGCAGGAGGAGGAGAAUGCCAAGGGUGGCAAUGUGAAGGAUAGCAAUGUGAAAGACAUCGACGGGGGGCUCAGCGGGGAAGCUCCCCCCGAGGGGAAGAAUAAGAAGAAAAAGAACGAUAAAAUUAUGGGUCAAUCCAAGGGCAUUCGCAAUGGCAGUGUAGUCGUCAAUAGUUCGAAAGGGGCUAUCAUGGAGAAUGUGCAAAAUGGUAUUACGCCGGUGGUCAGUGCUAACCGUAAUAAGGCGUUAACAGGUUCCAAGACGCCGAAAACUACAUAUGGUAAGAACGCCCUGAGUACCCAUAACGCGGAAGUGAAGCAUACCGGUGGUGAGCAAGUGGUCUCAUUGUCCCCAAUGGUAGCAGUUGGCACAGUCCACAAAUACAAUUUUAACUCAUUAGCUGCGAAAAACGCGAGGAAUAACACACAUUUUGGUAAUCUCCAGAGUGACCACCCGAGCAACGCUGAAGAGGGAAAAAAUAAAAAAAAAACGAAAAAAAAAAAAAAUAAUAAUAAUAUUAACAAUGAUAAUAAUACUAAUAAUAGGGCUCAAGUUGUUGGGAUGGACACCCAAGCGGGUACCCCCAACAACUGUGUGACAAAAGCGAAUGUGGGCUCGUCCUUCAUAAAUUUAGUGCAAAAUUCGUACAGCAGCAUGCAUAACAUGGUCGAGACGCAGGGGAACGUUGAUUGGGUGUAUGGCGGCGGUUGCAACGGUUUCGACAGUUUCGACAAUUUCGGAAGCUUCGGCCACUGGAACAGUGUUAUGAGCCUGAACUGCCGCCCCCCGCGCAGGAACCAAGUCAACAUGAACUUCCGUAACGGCAACAACCAGGUCAGCAUGAACAGCCGCAACGGCAAUCAGUAUAGCAAUGGCAAGUCAAUUCGGAGCUACCAGAAUGAGUUCCCAAUCCCGUAUGUGAACGGGGUGCAAAAGAGUGUCUAUGACUACACGCGCUGUACGGAGAACCCCGGGGGAUACCGACAUAACCAAAACGUGUACAUGGUGAACAACUUGUACAACCCGCAAGCGAAUGGGAAACAGAAAAUGCUUUCAAGCAACUUGAGCGAUGGACGCUUUCGGGGCUACCCCAAGAUGUAG